GACAUUGGUUUAACGGCAAAAUUGCCGUACAAAUCAUUUUCAUCCAUGCAACACGUGGUAAUGUGCGGUUGAAUAGAAAUUUAAUUUUUCGAGUUCGAAAACCGUACGCAUGUUCGAAACUUUGUACCGAUUCAUCGAACUGUAGUGUUUGACUGCACGUUAUAAACGCAACCAAAUCAGAACGAUCGAUUUGACAGCUGGGACGAAUAGAAAAAGAAAUAAAAAACUUUAUUUGUGAUGCCAAGGUCCGAAGGCAAACAACAACAAAGCACCGCGAACGAACGGGUUAGAAUAUUGAUUUUUCCAGUGCAAGACAAAUGCUAAAAUGCAUUCCGAUAGUGUGUACCGGCUCGUUGACGAGCUGGUCGAAUCGAUCGGGCAACAGUAUCGUACGCCGGUGGACGUAAAGAUGGCGAAAAAGUGUAAAUCACGAGCAUUUGGAAUACUGCUCGGUAAACCAGAUGCAUCUUCCGGUGCAGUCGUUCAGCCUGUGGCUGCCAGUGUGGCGGAAUGUAUACCGUCGGAUCCCCUUUCAAUGUUGGAAUGCCAUCAUUUUGAGAUGCAAAUAACGUCACGGUAUCGAUAUCAAAUCGAGCGCUGUGAACGUUUUGGGCGGUUGUUGGAUCAGAUCCGCACGUUACAAUCCGACGACUGUCCCGAGCUGCAUGAUACGGAACGGGAAAUAUUGCAGUUUUUACUGUUAUUAAAAAAUGGCUCUACUGAUUGCAGUGAUAUCUUUGCGGAGACACCUUUUUUCGGCCACAGUAAGAUGCCGGCUGCACGUUACGGACCUUAUCCGAUCUUCCGUUCCGAAGACUUCCGGAUGGAUGAGCGAUUACUAAGCGGCUGCUAUGAUGAGAAAGCUAAUCCAUAUUUGUUUCGUGCUACGCACGACGUAUUUACCACAAACAUUGCCAACAUCAUUGCCAAUGAAGCGGAUCGGAAGGAUCCGCUUCCGGUGGAGUGUUCCUAUUUUAGCGACAAAAUGGCUAGUCUGGGCCACUAUCAGGGUCCGUUUCGUUACAAUCUGCUUAGAGCGAUCCGACAGACAAACCGGGAACCUUACGAGCUGUUUACAAAUUUCGAAAUUGUUCCCGCCGGCAAGCGAGAGAAGGCGAUAGAAGAGGAAUCGUUAAUUUUCGGCAUGAACUGGGAAAACCUUGGCCAGCGCUACAUACCGGGAGAGAAACCAUUCGCUUCCGAAUGUCCCGGUGCGCUGUUUCGGCUUAAUGUUGCACAAGAAAAUGCGCUGGGACGUAAGCUUGCAGAGAUUAAAAUUGUCUCCCGUUUAAAUUUUAUACGCGACAUUAAAUUUCUCAUCACCGGCGUCAGUUCCAGCCUGUUCCAGUUCGAUGAAAGUAAUCGUUUUCAGGCGCUUGCCAACAUUACCAUUGAAGAUGUAAAAAUUGAAUCGAUUCAAUCGUUUAUCGAUCAAGCGCUAGUGAUCGGUACCUGCUUCCGGCGGUUACUGAUGAUGACGAGAAAAAACCCCUACACGCUCGAGCUCAUUAUGGAGGGCUUCGUAUUUAAAGCAUUCUGCGAAAGUGUGGAAAACUUCCUGUGCUGUUACCGUGUGCUCGUGUACAGCUACACGGGUGAAUCGUUGCUGCAGCUGCUGCAAAUGCUAUCACCGGCAAACGAACAGCUGCUCUCGAUGGCGAAACUGUGCAGCCUGCAUCCGGGCAAUGAAAGUGAUCGCGAGUUUCCGACCGGUUCGCUACUGCUCGAUCAUCUGUACCGUGAGCUGAUCCAGAUAACGCAACCGAGUGUAAGCGUUUUCCUGCUGGCUACGCUGAGACGCUGCUGUCUCGAAUAUUUUGCCAUCUUUCAACGAUGGUUAUUUCACGGACAGCUGCACGAUCCGUCCGGCGAGCUGUUUGUGUUUUUCGUCGAUCACUACCGAUCGAAUACGAAACAUUUCUUCGACAAGGCGUAUUUUAUCCGGCGAAAGAGUGUGCCCGGCUUUCUGAAGGGGUACGAUGAGGACAUUCUGCUGUGCGGAAAGUACGUCAUGCUGCUGAGAGCUUUCCGACCAUUGCAUCCCUUAUUCACUCUCCGUCAUCCCGAGCUGAACGUUUGCUUGUCCUUUGACGAAAUCACAAAGCUACGCACAAAAUGGUUACGCUACGUUGCACAAGCACGGCAACUCUGCGGACCAGCCGUUUCCGUGCGCGAACUGUACGAAAUGAAACAGAACGAACGGGUCGAAUUUUAUCGCCUGGUCGAGGAAAACUUCCGCACGUACAUGGACCAGUGGCGGGUGGAGCAGGAAACGGAAGCACAGGAACAGAAGCGACGAAAGCAAAAGCAGAUGGAAGACUUGUUGGAACAGCUGAACGAGAUACGUGAGAAUAAGCUCAUGGCUAAGCGGAAAGAACUGCAAGAAGAGUUGCAGCUAGAGCAGGAUCGGCUCGAAAUGGAAAAUAAGCAACUGUUGCGUGAAAAUCUGGUGCUGACGGAUCGUGUAAAGAAGUACACGGUACUAAACACCAUGAUGGACGCAAAGCUGGAUGGGUUGCAAGCCGCCACGGUGGAACUGAGCAUUGUACCGGUCGUUACGAUCACUGCGGACGGUACGGAUGGUGCGAGUGAAGAACCACCGUUCCAGAGUUGCCGUGAAAGCCGUGCCAGUACGGCAAGCGUUUCCAUCUAUGAGGAUGCGCAGAAAUCACCAUCGCUGAGUGUGGAUUCUUCCCCGUACGGUGCGGACAGUACGAGCAGCUGUAGCAGUUCGGCUGCCAAGGGUGAUCUUUCAACGUCCGGAGCGGAAGAUCACGACUGUACGGUGGUUGAGGGUCCGAUAGUUCCAAAGCUCGACCCAGCGUCAACAAUGCUGGAGAGUGAUCGAAUUAACUCAAACGUUCCUACGGAGGAGAUUGCAAUGAGCGAAGGGGAAAGAAACCGGGCGAAAGUGUUGGGCUCUACGGUGGGUGUGUUUCUCAAUGAGGAUCAUGCUAACGCUAACGUGGAGCAGCUUGUAGUAGCAACGGGAAGUGCCGGGUUACGCAAGCUAACCGAGGCACAACGUAACAAACUAAAAAUAUUGUCGCAAGAGUUCGAAAUUGCUCCACCCGAAAACGGAACCGGGAUGGAUGUUAAUUGCAACCGGUUGGCAGAACGGCGCAAAAAUCGGGAACGCAUUCUGAUCAGUGAUUACACGAACCGGGAAGAGGAAGCUUCCGUACCGUUGGUCGGCGAAGGGGUUGUGCAAGAGCUGACGGAACUGCAAAAAAAUCGGCGUAAGAUUAUGAGUCAGGAGUAUAAUUUGCUUACCGAUAAUGCCGCACCGGAUGGAACGACCAGGCGCGAUCCGAAUCAAAAGCCCACGAUGUACUUGAAUCUUGAUUCGGACCGCGCUAGAAACCGUCGCAGAAUUUUAGAGUCGGAGUUUAAUAUCGCAACUGGAGUGGAAAACUUUCCCGCCUCACCAAUGUCGGUCGAUAGUGAUACGAUCGAUGAAUCGACGAGUCCCUCGGUGGUAAUGAAUACAGGAUCUGAGCACGAAUUGCAGCAGGAUGUUAAUGCCAAUCCCGUCACACAGAAAGGGAAUGUGCUGAAGCUGGACGUACUGGCAGCGGCUGAUGCUGCGGAAAGGUUUGCUAUUGACAGGCGCUUUGGAAUACCGGAUACUGGUGCGCUGGCACUGGAAACACCGGCCAGUGCGAUGAAAGCGACCGGAGAACCGGAAGAUGGUCUCGAUGGUGGGUUUGAUUUUAGCAGAGCAAAACCAUUGGAACGAAGGGAAGGAACGAACGCUUGCAAUAGUUUAGUACCGGUUUCGGCGGUGGUUGGGACACAAGCCGCACAAUUCGAGGAUGAAGAAGACGACGAAAUUUACCGUGAAUUCGUCCUUGCAAUGAAGAAGCAAAGUGCCAACUUUUGUCGCUUGGCCAUACCUUCCUCGGAUGAGUCCGAAAUGGAAAGGAAUUCUGAGGCUAGGGCACUGGAAAACGAAUUAAACAGCGUGGAUGUGCUUACCAUUACGCGCUUCCUGCAGUACUCGUUGGUAAUACCGCUGAAAGCCCACAUGGAGAUAGUGAACAAUGAGAUAUUGAAGAUGUAUCUGUACGAUCUGGAUAUACUGGGACAUUUCGAAAGUCUGCGCAACUAUUUCCUUCUGAUGGAUGGUGAAUUUUCGACCCACAUCUGUGACAAUUUGUUUAAUCGUUUGGAAGCGGUACGAACUCCGGAGGAGCUGCUGAACUAUCAGACACUUCACUCGAUACUGGACGGUGCACUGUACUCGAGCAAUGCUGGGACCGAUCAAAACGCCAAUCGGCUAUCGUUUAUCGUGUGCCAGGUGCCGGAAAAGUUUGAUCUCUAUUCGCCGAAUGUGUUUAGCAUGCUAAAUCUUAGCUAUCGUGUCGAGUGGCCCCUCAACCUGAUCUUCUCUAUGGAAACGAUCGAACAGUACACGAACGUGUUCAAGUAUUUGGUGAAGGUGCGCCGGGUUAGCUACGUGCUGGAGGACUCGUUUCAGCUGUUGAAGGAAGCUAGCAAGCGGCUGGGAAAACCUUUGCUCCAUUCACCGCAGUACGCACGUGUACAGCUUAUCCGGCACAAACUUUCCCAUCUGGUGAACGCACUGAAGAACUACAUCACGAGCAGUGCGCUGCACGCAUCUUGGGAAGCGUUUCGUGAGGAUCUACAAGAUUGUACCGAAACGAUGGAAGAUCUCUUCCGAAAGCACCGCACGUAUCUGAAGCGGGUAAUCUUUCUCUGUCUGCUAAACAGACGGAGCAUCGAGUUUUAUAACAAUAUCGAGCAGAUCUUUCGCGUUGUGCUUCGGUUCUAUCGUCAUCUGCGUUCGAAGGAGUGGCGCUUGCAGGAACCACCGGUAGCAGGGACAAACGGCAUGCAGUACUACGUACAUCCACGCUACCGACAGAUUCUGGAGGACGAGCUGGACUUUGAGAAGCUGAUCAAGUAUACCAUCUUCCUGGGGAACAAGAUGUACGACCAUGGGUAUCAAAAGGAAAUUUCCGAGUUCCUGCAUGUUAUCAACAUCAAUGGUUAUUACGAUGAUGUGAAGCCUGUUGUUAGUUAAUUGUUAUUCCCACACUCUUCCACUCAAAACUGUGUGUGAAAGGAGAUCUGUAAUGUUAUUUAAGCAAACAAAACAAAAAUCAUGUAAAUAUGUAACUUUUCGAGAUCUUCCAGAAUUCAGAGGAGUAACUCUAGCUCGAAUCGGGAAGAACAGUUCUAGUUUGGUAGGGUUGAUUAGUUAAUUAAAUUAAUGUUAAUCCUUUGCAAUUUGUGUAUUUAUGUGUACAGAAAUAAAUUAAAUGUUUAAAUCAAA